UAGGCUCUAGGCUAAGGACUAGUUGUGUGUAUGAGAGUGUGUGUCUGCACAAAGACCAUGCGUUUACUACCGACUCUACUCAAAAUACGGAAGACACCGUAAGAUCUUUGGAUAGAGGGCCACUGUACACCUUUUGUAUGGUUUUGGUUGGGGGUGUAUUUGUUUUGUUUUGGGGAGCAUACCUUUAUUCAGAUCCACAGGCGACAGGCCUACUCUUUAGGCAUAUAAUUUCCACUGAAGUGACUGUAUCCAGUCCACCAAGUCACUUUGAGACAUGGAACCUUUACCUUUUCCUGACCAGUUUCAGGAAUUCCACCAUAUCCAUGGAACCAACGUGCGGCUAGACCCUACGGGGACCCAGGCUACCCGAGUGGAAAGCUUUGCCAACGGGGUGUGCUUUAGCAGAGAGCCCCUGAGUCCUGGGGAGAUCUUCCUGGUGGAGAUCGAGGAGAAGGAGCUUGGCUGGUGUGGCCACCUGCGGAUCGGGUUGACCGCCAGAGACCCUCUGGCCCUUGAAACGGUGCCUGAGUACUCCCUGCCGGACCUCAUGGACCUGGGGGACAGCUGGGUGUUUGCUAUCACACGCAACCACAACCGGGUGGUGGAGGAGGAGGCAGUGGCACCUGAGGGAGAGGGGGCAGGACAUGGAGGGUUGGCCGGGGGUCAUAGGUUAGGGGACGGUAGGGAAGAGGGAGGUAGGAGGCUACCUAGGCUGGGGGGUGGUGAUGUGGAAGAAGAAGCGAUUAAUCCCAAACCCAAGACGUUCUUCACAGACUCCCACCUGCACAUUGAGAAAGUUAAAAUCCCCAUGGACAAGCUGGUUGGUCGGAGUCGACCCGGACGUUUCAGCCACAUCCUGGACGACCUAUACAAGACCAAUGCCCUCCCCCCCACUGCCAGACGUAGCCGGAUAGGGGUGCUGUACGUGCCCAAAGGACAGGGCCUGGCUGACAUGCAUGUUGUCAUUAACGGGGAGGAUAUGGGUGCAUCAGCUAAGGGCAUCCCAAUGCUGCAGCCUUUGUAUGCUGUGGUUGAUGUGUACUCUGCUACAAAGCAAGUCCGCAUUGUCCAGGUGGAAUAUGGAUUCUCCUCCCUGCAGACUCUGUGUAGAAAGUGCAUCCAGAAAAACAUAGUCCACAGGAUGGCUCUGGACUGGCUGGAACUGCCAGAGAAACUCAAACACUACUGCAAGUAUGAGUGACAGACGGAGCACUUUGGACUGAGCACCUCCUGAAGAAGCUUCUCACAAGAGCCGAACUUAAGAUCCAAGUGGUUUAUGCAUUUCAGAAAAGACAAAUGUACUUCAUGUGUUUACAUUUUUGUGAUCUUCUUUACAAUGAAUCCCUGGUCUCUUACCAGUUAGGUUUUCAAUUACUGAUUGACUUGUUCUUUUUUGUCAGAGUCAGAGAUGCUAUUUUUGAAAACUGGUAAAUAAAUGGAUGACAUCAA